CUUUACCGCGUCUCAUCAAGGUAUCUGAACGCGCCAAACGGUACUCCAAGAAUAAAAAAUCUGUCGAGGCCUGUCGCGAAUUGAAUCAGGGAGGAUCAUGUCCUCCCCUUUCCUUUCCGAGACCGCCGAGACAAUUCAUCGAUUCGCGCCGUCGCCAAGUUAUCCCUCCCCGCCGAUAUGCCCAACUUUGUGUGCAGAUAAAAAGCAUCAAGAAUUGCGCCGAAUCAUCACAGUCGAGUUCAUCAACAACAACGUAUACAAACGUCUCGUAAUAUCAAAAGGUCAAAUAUACUAUAUGGUUAUCCCUCUGGACCAGCGAUGGAAUCCUAUGGCAGAUAAUAAUUAGAAUCACGCCAAUAGCUACGCUUGUUUUACUGUCAUGCGAUGCCUCCAUCAUGGUUAAGCAAGACAGCCCGCCACGCAAGCUGCACUAAGACCAACUCUACGCCACCAUUUGUCGCAUUUCGAACGAUGCGAUAUUGUAACAUCAUCAGUGUCAUUUAGCAAGAAUCUUCUGGAGUUGGUAGGGUCUCUGGACUAAGAAUACGUAGUCUUGAGCGAACGUUGGAUUCGUCGAAUUGGUUGAACGCAAUGAGUAACCAUAUCUAGGUCGCCAACCUGUAAGAUGUAAUUGGCAUACAAUUCCAAUACAGAUGACCUUGGUAAUUUCAAGGUACCUCAAGAGCGACGAAACACAAAACGGCUGGACUCAUACAGGUGUGAUAGCUCAUGAAAUUGCGACCUCAGUCGCAAAUAACCCUACAGCAGUACAGUGGCGAUUGUUGGUCCAAAUACCGUCCCGAUCACGAUGUAACUAAAUGAAUUUCCCUUAUUCCCUCUCCUACUGCUAUAUUCAAUUUACUUCUAUAUACUGAGCUCCAAGCUACCUAGUCGCGACACAGUCGCAUCAUGACUCUGCGCAACCUUUUUGGCAUCAGACUGUGCCACUUUGUGCGACGGAAUUCGAACGGGACUCAACGGGUGCAAAUAGCGGCUAAUUCGUUGGGCACAUGGACACGAGAAACAAAAGCAAAGGUCCGAAGUACGCAAUGGGAAUCUAGCGACGCCACAUGCCAGAGAAACGAGUUGGGUGGGUGGUGAUAAGAAGUGAACCUGUGAGGCAAUAUAGCAUAUUAGGCGCAGUUCGAUCUAAAUGCAGAUAAGUUUCUGCUAGAGCAAAGCAUGUACAAAUGUAAGGAUAAAUGCCGAAUCUCGUCACAAUUCUUGACAGGCAAAAUAGACAGCACAGGCAGACGAACAAGGGUUGUAGGUGACAGAUACACACACCGUAUCUUUUGUGCGCGGCGCCUGGACAUGCUGCUGAUGGACCAGAUCGCAGAGAGCAAAUCUGAUAGGCCCUGUCACCUUGAUAUCGAAGUUAUUAUCUAUCUCGCUUGUCACAGAUAGUCCCAGCCUAGACGCUGAUGGCGGAGCCUUGGAGUCUCAUGGAAGACAAAUCCGAGAGACAUCUGGAGAUGAGGUGACCACGGCCCAGGCUCGUCUCAUAACUCCAGGCUGGAUUGGGCUGGGCUGCGACGAACGCUGAUUCGGUCGAUGGAGCCUUUCCUUGUCGCAUCUGUUUUUUUUUUUGUUGUUGACCACGAUCACCUAAAUUUUGCGCCAGCGCAUCCAAACGUGGAUAAUCCAGGGCGGGGCGGUGACAGCGUGCGCGCAAGCGUCAUGCUUGAUGGACGAUGGGCGCAUCGCAUGCUUUGCUCUCAAUGUAACGCUGUGCGACACAGAGAUGAGAUAUGGGAUGUGCGCUUUAGUUUUGGACGGCGCAUUUACUGCGACAUUUUCAUCAGUGUGGUUAGAAGCUCAGGUUAUAAAAUCUACUAUACAAAAGGCAAUGCGAAAAGAUAUCAUGCAGCGCAUUGCGCAUCUCUGGAUCGCAACAUGUGGCAAGGGUCUGCUUGGCUUGUCCAGGAUAUGCAUGUUAUGGACUAGUCAGUCACGGGUCCUUGAGGGUCUCGAUAUGCAUGGUCUGUUGAUGGUAUGCCUUUUGGACUGUGGCCAUUCUAAGGGUCCACGAGUCUGAUAUACAGUUGAAUAGAUUAGACGUACUGAGAGAGGAGCAUAAACGACAUACUGAGGUCGGAUUGAGUCUCUGUCGGACCAGAAAAGAGACCAAUUGGUGUGCCGCCAUCACAACGGAUCCAUGGCACCAUCAUCCACAUCCACAGCUACCUCCACGUUCACUCACAUUCACGUUCACGCGUGCUCUGGCCUCAUGCUGAAACAAAACAAGCCGAACGUGUGGCCAAGGUCCAAUCCAAGAUGCCAUUCCACCAUCUUCCUCGUCCCUCGUACGCCGCGAGCUAAUCGCUGCGACCGCUGCCUGAACGGUUCAAGAUGAAACCCCAGAGAAGGGAACUUGAUCGACCGGGCCCAGGCGCCGAACGAGGGUUAUCAUGACACGGACAAUUGGCUGUUCCUGUUGGUGGGGGACGAGAAUGAAUAUAAUGCCAACGCAGUUGACUGAGGUUCUGAACAGGCGCAUUCCCAUUCUUCAGCAUCAUCUCUGUUCAACGGGAAUGACUAUUUUGCUUCUAUUUCGAGCGCUUUGGAACUUUGUAGGUAUGCGCCUGGCACCCAGCGGCUGGCUGGGCUCUUAACGCUUGGAUUUCUUUUGUCUCAGAAUCAUUCGCAAGCUAAGCGCAUCAUCCCUCGGAGUGGUCAAUGGCCAUCAUGGAAGCGCAAGUCGAGAAUGAACUGGCGCAACUUCACUCCUUAGUCGCUGAUUUGCGCAUCAAACGGCACUGUAUGGCGUUGUUUCUUAGUUAUGGGGAAUUGAAGCGCAUCAAUUACUUUGCUAUCCAUAUCAUAAGGAUCUUGUCGGGUAAGUGUUAGAUAGUAGUACAAAAAAAAAACUGGAACAUCAAGGUGUCAUAAUCAAUAUCGCCACAAAGGGGUGUCUCUCAUGUUGCAUCUUCAAGGCACAGCGACACCUCAAUAGUAUUCUUCAAAACUUAUCCAUACAGUGAAGGACUUGACAUAUCCAAAGAUGGCCCAUUAUCCCCUUCCAAGGUCUCAAAAAUUCCUCGUUAACACAGACCGUUCGUGAUGCUUACCGUGUGCCAAGCUUAUUUCGACACAUGAUCAGCCUAGACAGGUCCCCAGCUCGGUCGACCAUGACAAUCAGUGCGAUUGGCUGUUGAUGAUCUGUUGCAACCACCAACUCAGACAUCUCUGAGCCGUUGAAUCGAGAGCUCUCCGCUUUCUCAGUGUGUCGACCUCGAGAAAGUUCUUCUCAGCAUCCCUUCUACUAUCUCCAAAGCCAUGACUGAAUCUUCAGACCAUGGAGUCUUCAUUGCAAGCCCUAUAUCCAGAGAGAUCAAUUGGAUCAUGACCGACAACUUUGCGCCAGAGUUUAACAUUCUGUAACAAGCCCUGAUUGAGGUCGCAUUGACCCCUGGACAAGCUUCGCACGCUCCCAUUGGAGCGCGGAGGAGGAAUUCGCAGGUAAAGUGUGCGUGUGUGCGCGCGAUCGCAGCUCAACAAGCGAUGUCGCUGAGCAUAUUCUACGGUAUGGACUAUGUACAUUAUAAGCAGAAGCUAGCGGGAACCACUGCAGUGGUUGUUGUUCGUUGUCUCCUCUUCUUAGACUAAUCACACCACAUUUGGAUUGGAGGUGAGGGUCGUCAACAGUCACAGACUCACACGAGGCCACCGACAAGUGCCAGAGACACUGGAUCAAGAGGGGCUGGGCUUGAGGAUUCUUUUCCAUUGGGAGUACGGUCACAGUUUGUUGGUCGCCAACGACCAGUGUCUAGCCUAACUUGGGUCGCUUCUUGGAGCGAUGGAUAUGUAGCUAGCAGUCGAUGGAUCGUGAGUGGCCGAUGAGACCAUACUCCGUAGCAAUAGCCAGCGCUCGAGUGAGAGGUUCGGGAGGGAAAGGAAGCCAGCAAUCCAAGGUUCCCAGGAUCCGCUGAAAUGGGCAACCCAUGCAUGCACUGUCAGUCCGUCAUGGUGCCCGGCGAUAUGGAGCCAAUAUUCAACUGAAAGCGACGGGUUUUACACAGCUUCAGUAACUGGAAUUUAGACUGGCGCAUUACUUUUGCUUUGCUCACCGGCCUGUUCCUGAACCUUAUGGCCCAGAUUUGUGACUUGCGA